AAACCCCAAAUCCCUGGGAAUGUUGGGAACCCAAAAUCCACAGAAAUUCUGGGAAUCCCAAAUCCCUGGAAACCCCAAAUGCCCGGAAUUCUGGCCCUUCCUGAGGGAUUCCCUUUUGCCGUUGUUUUCCAGGGGCUCCGUAGGAUCCACCAUGAGCGGCCUCAGCGACGGCGCCGCCGACGCGGCCGAGUGCCGGAAACGGAAAAGCUCCCCCGGAGAGCCCGGCCAGAGCGCGGAGAAGCGCCGGCGGGAGCAGGAGCGGCGGUACCUGGCGGAGCUGGCGGAGCUGCUGUCGGCGCACCCGGGCGAGUUGGACUCGCUGGGCAAAGCCGAGCACGGCCUCGCCCUGAAGAAAACCGUGGAUCAGAUCCAGCAGAUCAAACGCCUCGAGCAGGAAAAUCCGGCGGAUGAUGACGUGCAGAAAUCCGACAUCUCCUCCAGCAGCCAGGGCGUCAUCGAGAAGGAGUCCCUGGGGCCGCUCCUGCUCGAGGCUCUGGACGGCUUUUUCUUCGUGGUGAACCGGGAGGGGCGGAUCGUGUUCGUGUCGGAGAACGUGCGGGGGUACCUGGGCUACGGGCAGGAGGAGCUGAUGAACUCCAGCGUGUACAGCGUGCUGCACGUCGGCGACCACGCCCAGUUCGUGCGCAGCCUCCUGCCCAAGGCCCUGGUGAACGGGGUGCCGUGGCCGCAGGAGCCGGCGCGGCGCGGCAGCCGCACCUUCCAGUGCCGGAUGCUGGUGCGGGCGCCGGAGGAGGCGGGCGCGGAGCCGGCGGAGCCGCGGCAGCGCUACGAGGCCAUGCAGUGCUUCGCCGUCAGCCAACCACGCGCCUUCCAGGAGGAGGGAGAGGAUUUCCAGUCCUGCCUGAUCUGCAUCGCCCGGAGGCUGCCGCGCCCGACCCCGGCCCCGGCCCCGGCCGAGUCCUUCGUCACCAAGCAGGACACCACAGGAAAAAUCAUCUCCAUCGACACCAGCUCGCUGCGCGCCGCGGGCCGGACGGGCUGGGAGGAUCUGGUGCGGAAAUGCAUCUACGCCUUCUUCCAGCCCCAGGGCCGCGAGCCCUCCUACGCCAAGCAGCUCUUCCAGGAAGUGAUGACGCGGGGCACGGCCUUCAGCCCCUCGUACCGCUUCACGCUGAGCGACGGCUCCGUGCUGAGCGCCCACACCAAGUGCAAGCUCUGCUACCCCUCCAGCCCGGAGCUGCAGCCCUUCAUCAUGGGCAUCCACAUCAUCGACAGGGAUCACGGAAUUCUCUCCCCCCAGGACAGCCCCGCUCCGGGCCCGGCCCUUCCCAGGGUGAAUCCCAACGUUUCCCCGGCACCGGGAACAGCGCCCAACGGGAAUUUCGGGAAUCCUCCGGGAUCCACCGUUGCCUUAAGCCAAACCCCCGCCAAUCCCCACCCCCUGUCCCACGGCAGCCCCGGGAUGGCGCCGCCGCCGUUCCCGUCGCCGCGGCACCGCGGCAGCCCGGCGUCCAUCCCGCGGUGCCGCGCUCCCGCCGGGAAUUCCUUCCCUCCGUCCGCGCUCUCCCCGUCCUCAUCCGGCAAUUCCCGACCUUUCCCCGGCGCCGAUCCUCCGGCCAAUCCGGCGUUCCUGAGGCAAAACUCUCCCGGUCGCGCCGGCAAAACCGAACUGAAGGACUCCAAGGAAAUCUCAACCGUGUUGGGUGAGGUCAUCCAUGAGAACGAGAAAACGCCGGAGACGGGAAUUCCGGGAAUUCCGGGCGGUUCCGACGGCGGCAUCGGCGACACCGGGAAGUGCCCGCAAGGCACGAGCCACCGUUUGGUGCAGCUGCUGGCCAGCACGGCCGAGGCGCAGCUGCGGCACCGCGCCGACGCCGCCGACGCCGCCGCCUCCAAGGAUUCCCUGGCGUGCGCCGGCGUUCCCGGCGGUUCCGUCGGCGCGGCGCCGGCGCCGUGCCCGGCCUCGCACGGCUCGCUGACCGAGCGGCACAAAAUCCUGCACCGGCUGCUGCAGGAGGGCGGCCCCUGCGACGGCGCCGAGGAGAAGAGGGAGAACCUCGCCGGGAGCGGCGCCGAGGCCGACAAGAGGAAGGAAUCCAAGGAUCACCAACUGCUCCGGUACCUCCUGGACAAGGACGAGAAGGAAACGCCGGCGGCGAUCCCAACAACGAUCCCGGCGGCGAUUCCGACAACGAUCCCGACAACGAUUCCGACGGUGACGGACGACGUCAAGGUCAAGGCGGAGAAGAGCGAAGCGGCCGAACCGUGCCCGGCAACGAUUCCCAAAAUUCCGGCCGGCAACGAGGUCAAGGCGGAGGCGCAGGUGGCGCAGUUCUCGGCCGAGCUGGAGCAGCUGGAGCAGCUCCUCCCCGCCCUGGAGAAAGCGGCGCCGAUCCCCGGCAGCGACUCCGGAAUUUCGGGAAUUUCGGGAAUUUCCGGAGCGACCCCUCUGCAGCCCAGCAGAGCCCCCCCAGCUCCAGAUCCGUCGUUGCCCCUCGGGGCCGUUCCGGAGCCGCUGCCGUGGGCGGAUCCGCCGCCGCCACCGCGCCCCAAGACCGACCCGCUGGAGGAGCUGCUGGGGCCGGGCCCGGGCGAGGAGCGCGCGCUGCUGGAACAGCUCCUGGCGCUGCUCAGCGGCCGCGACGACACCGAGCUGGCCGAGAUCGACCGCGCCCUCGGCAUCGACAAACUCGUACAGGGCGGCAGCCUGGAGCCGGAACGAUUCCAGCCCCAACUCCUGGAGCAAAAACCCGGAAUGUUCCCUCAGCCCUUCCCUCCUUCAUCCUCAUCAUCAUCAUCACCAUCAUCGUCAUCGUCAUCCGGUGCCGGCGUGGGCGGGAAUUUCGCGGGAAUGCCGAGGCUGAAGGCGCCAUUUGGGGCCGUCCCGGUGGCCGUGGCUGCUCCUCCUCCUCCUCCUCCUCCUUCGGCUGCUGCUGCUGCUCUUCCUCCUCCUCCUCCUCCUCCUCCUCCUCCUGCUCCGGCGGCUCCGGCGGCUCCCCGGGGGCCGUUCCCGGCGCAUUCUGGCGCGGCGAUGGCGGCGAUGGCGGCGCGACCACGGGGCCCGAGCGCUCCCAACCCGCUGCGGCUGCAGCUGCAGCAGCGCCUGCAGGGACAGCAGCAGCUGCUGCCGGCCGCCCGCCCGGGGGCGCUCUCGGGGCCCUUCGGGGCGGCCCCACAGCCCCGGAUCCAGCAGGGGGCGACACAGCCGCCGCUGAACGCGCAGAUGUUGGCGCAGCGGCAGCGGGAGCUCUACAGCCAGCAGCACCGGCAGCGGCAGCUGCUGCAGCAGCGCGCGCUGCUCCUGCGCCAACACCACCAGCACCACCACCACCACCACCAGCAGCAGCAGCCGCAGCCGAAUUUCGGGAAUUCCGCCCCCAUUCCCAUGGGAUCCCCGCCCCGAAUGCCCCCCGGCCCGGCACAGCCCUUCCCCUACGGCGCCGGGUUCGGGUUUGGCACCGAGGCGCCGGCGCUGGGCGGGCGCGGCGGGCGCGGCGUGGCCGGAACCGCCUUCGGAGCCGGCGCCGGGAUGCAGCCAAACCUCUUCCAGUACCCCCCCGGGGCAGGCGCGGCGGCGGCGGCGGCCGAUCCGGCGGGAUUCGCGCCGGCGCUCAGCCCCGGCGGCUCCCUGGUGCCGCCGGCACCGCCCGGGUACCAAUCGCCGGAGAUGAAGGGCUGGCCCAGCGCCGCCGGAGUCGGGAAUAACGGCGUUUUCGGGCCGGCGGGCGCGGCGGCGCCGGGGAUGUACAACAACAUGAGCAUCACCGUCUCCAUGGCCGGGCCCGGCGGCUCCGGCGGCGCAUCCGGCGUUCCCGGCGGCGUUCCCGGCGGCGUUCCCGGCGGCGUUCCCGGCGGCGUUCCCAUCAAUCCCGUCAUGGCCGGCAUCGGAUCCGUCUGCUCCGAGCAGGUCCCCGAGGUGCCGCUUCGCUCCCCGGGGCUCUUCUGUCCCCCCCUGGGCCCCCCGGAGCUGCUCAAGGCCGACCCCGACGGCGCCCAGGUGCAGCAGGUUCAGGUGUUUGCGGACGUUCAGUGCACGGUGAACCUGCUGGGGGACCCGUUCCUGUCCCCGGCACCGGCCCCGGCACCGCCCGGCGCCAAAACCCCGAAUCCGGCACCGCCGGCACCGGCACGGAGCCUCCUGCAGCAGCUGCUGACCGAGUGACCCAAAAACCCCAAAAAUAACCCCAAAAAUAACCCCAAAAAUAUCCCAAAUGAGAAACUCACCCAAUUGGGUGUUUGGGGUUUGUCCAUCGGCACCGCCCGGCGCCAAAACCCCGAAUCCGGCACAACCGGCACCGGCCCGGAGCCUCUGCAGCAGCUGCUCACCGAGUGACCCCAAAACCCCCAAAUCCUGAAAUCCUAAAUCCCAAAAACCCCAAAUAUCCCAAAUAUCCUAAAUGGGAACGGAGAGAGAAUCA